CUACCAUCAGCCGCCAACAUGGGCCGCAUGCACAGCAAAGGUAAGGGUAUCUCCCGUUCGGCCAAGCCGUACAGGAGAUCAGCCCCCUCAUGGCUGAACAAGGUCUCUCCGACCCAAGUUGUCGAGCAGAUCACCAAGUUUGCCAAGAAGGGCAUGACCCCUUCGCAAAUUGGUGUGAUGCUUCGUGACUCCCAUGGAAUUGCUCAAGUCAAGUCUGUCACUGGAAGCAAAAUCCUCCGUAUUCUCAAGUCUCAGGGCCUCUCCCCGGAGAUUCCCGAGGAUCUUUAUUGCUUAAUCAAGAAGGCGGUUUCAGUGCGCAAGCACUUGGAGAGGAACAGAAAAGAUCGUGAUGCCAAGUUCCGUCUUAUUCUCAUUGAAUCUCGUGUACACAGGCUUGGACGUUAUUACAAAACCGCUGGAAAGCUUCCCCCCAACUGGAAAUACGAGUCUGCAACUGCCUCUGCCAUCGUUCAGUAAAAUUAAUUAUAGCAAUGUGAAAAGCGAAAUAAAAGGAGCUGUGCAUCCGG